GCGAGCGUACCGGAGAGUGUCCGGGAUCGGGGCUGCGACCGAGCCGCUCUUGCACCGGAGAAAGCCUCGGGACCGAGCCUCUCCUGAACCGGAGAGCGUCUGGAGCAGGGGUUGGGAUCGGGCCACCACCGUCAUACGGGAGAGCCCAAGCACCGCCGUUCGGCGCUGGGGAGCCCCGCCAGGGGAGCCUUGACCAGUGCUCGGCACCGGGAGAGCCGCAGAGGGGCCCGAGUCCUGCCCCGAGCGGGACUGCGGGAGGGAGGGAAGGAGCAGCUCGGCCCGGUGCGGCGCCGCCCCGGAGCCGGAGCCGCGUCCAGCCGGUGACUCGCCGGCAGGGGCGGCCGGAGGCCGGUGUGCCUGUCCGUGACCCGGGAGCCGCUAUGGCCUCACAGAACGCCGACCCCGCUGCCGUAUCCAGCGCAGCCGCCCGCAAAGCGGCCGAGACCGGGGCCACGGCGGCCCGAGGAGCGGUGGGGAAGAGGUUGCAGCAAGAACUGAUGGCGCUGAUGAUGUCCGGUGACAAAGGCAUUUCUGCCUUCCCCGAGUCCGACAACCUCUUCAAGUGGAUCGGGACCAUUGACGGCGCCGCCGGGACGGCCUACGAGGAGCUGCGGUACAAGCUGUCGCUGGAGUUCCCCAGCGGGUACCCCUACACAGCACCCACCGUGCGCUUCCUGACCCCCUGCUACCACCCCAACGUCGACACCCAGGGCAACAUCUGCCUCGACAUCCUCAAGGAAAAGUGGUCAGCGCUGUAUGAUGUCCGCACCAUCCUGCUCUCCAUACAGAGCCUGCUGGCAGAGCCGAAUAUCGACAGCCCUCUGAACACACAUGCUGCCGAGCUCUGGAAGAACCAAGUCGCCUACAAGAAGUAUGUGCGGGAGACGUACAACAAGCAGACCAAGAGCCAGGAGACCUGACCAUCACCACUGUCCCCCAACACACCCCCUCCCUCCCGGCCAUCCCCCGCGUUCUGUAUCAUAGGCUGUUUUUAAAUUAAUGUCGCAGUCCGAGCCACGGUUAAUGUAUAAAUAAAUGCAUGUUUAUAACUUCUGCAGGGGAUUCUGUAGCAACUCUGGCACGCUCUCAGUGCCCACAGGCUCCUCUGCAAGUGUGGGCAGGGGGAGGGUGGAAGGGACACUUACCCCUGUGGGGUAACAGGAGCUCUAUCAAUAUUUGGGAGGCUGGAGUGGACCUAUUCCCUCUGCAGGGUGGGAGCAGCCCGCUCCAUCAGCUGCAAAGACAAGGGUUGAGGGUAGGGGUAAAUAGGGCCUCUGUCCCCUGCUCUGUGACCAGGGUGCCACCUCUGCUGCUAUCUCCUGCCCCCCUAGCUCAUAGCACCCCACA